AUGCAUCUGUCCUCGGAGUCCUGGUACUGUCAGAUAUGUUCCUCCGUCCGUCCCCUGCCACCGACCUACGACCAGAGUUCUCGCGAUAAUCUCCAUGAACAUCGUCUGAUCUGUGACAGGUGUGGGUUGAGCCGCGAGGAAGCAGCUCGUGCGUGCAGAACAAGCCAAACACCUUCGAUUUACGCUUGUCACAACUGCGCCCACUACGCUUCGGAUUCCAUCCAUCACUUCACCACAGCACAUCCGCAAAAUCGCUGCAACUCCAACAAUGAUGCCAACGAGAAGUGGGAAGACAAGUCUGAGCACAAGUCAUUGCCGGCAUGUACUCUUUGCGGUAUUGUAUUUCUAGCCACCAGCUUCCUCAACGAGCACAGCGCCGCCGUUCACCCGAAGCUGCGAUGCGAUGCCUGCAGCCAGCAGUUUGGGUCGGCCAAACUACUGGAACAACACUUCCAGGAAUCUACAGACCAUCCGUCUUGUAUGCUAUGCAAUGUCGGACCUCUUGACCACAAGAGGCUUCUCGAGCACUACAUCUCCACCCAUACUCCCCUAUCUCGAGAAAGCAGGGACGAAGGCGCAAUUCAUGCGCCGGUUCCGGGAAAGUGGGCGUCAUCCGUGCAUUCCUGCCCGAUUUCCCCGGUUGCACAGUCAAUGAGCUCCUUCAGUAUCUCGCCAUCUCCUCAGUCGUCCUUGGACGAUUCUCCUGCACCGCUUUGUCUCCCAAUCCCCCCAGUUCGGACUCUAGCUCCCUCGAGGGAGCCGUCGUCCGAGUGUGACGCAAACUCACUGACGAGGCGCAGCAUCUCGCCCAUCAUCGUUGCGCACACAGCGUCAACAGUGGGGCACAGGAGCAGGAGUGGGUGCAGGAGCAAGAGCCCUUCGAUCAUAUUCGCGCGAAGAAAAUGUUGCAACAGAUCACCGUCAUGCUGGUUUCGCGAUGAUCAAAUAAUUCAUAUUCCUCCCUCUCGCGAGCUCACUGGCAGUGUGGGUACGCCACUGCCAACUUAUUGCACCGUACCUGGAAGGCGAUCGCCGCCAUCCUCUACUUCGACAAACACAAAUUCUUUCACGUCGCCACCAGCGUUCCAGCGUACCCGUGGAAGGCAACCACAAUGGGGUGCUGUGGAACCGGACUGCGUAGGAUUGACGUGCGCACGCGCCAGCCCGAUACGCUGUGUCAGAGAUCCAGUUGAACCUCUGCAAGUGCUUUCCCGACUUCGGUCUCCAAGUGCACAUUCCGACGAAAACUCUUAUGAAUAUAUGGUUGCGGAUGUACUAGUGCAACCCUCUGAAGGCUGUGCCUCUACUCGAUCCUCGUCUUGGGACAGUGAUCCUGGUCUACGCCCGAUCAUAAUUCGUCCACCCCUCUCGCCAGCUUAUAGCGGGAGAGUCCUGAUCAACGACAGCGUUGCACAACGUAAGGCAGGUGACUACACUGUCGGCCCAUCUUGGCAUUGCGGAAUAUGUGGAAAAGCUACAUGCGAAGAGCCGACUUCCACGAUGUGUGGCCAUAUAUUCUGCAAGAGGUGCAUCAUUCAGGAGCUUGCAGAGAACCUCCGAUGUCCUGUAUGCGAGAAAGCUGUACUGUUGAAGAUGGAUGUGGUGAAUACGUGA